CGAUGACCUUCCCGUCCUCACCAAGACCUAAGAGGGAGCAGCCACCCCCAGCGAGAUCCUCCCUGUGCUGAUGAUUUUCAGGGACUUGUUGGCAACUCAGCGAGGGUUGCCAUAGCUUUUUUAUGUAGGGUGACCAGAACCGGUUGAAACUGGUUUGAGGCAGAUCAGCUCCUGAGCACAAUGCAGUCACUGAGCUACUACAGUGGGAUAGCAGCUUCCUCCCUUCAUGGCAGCCAAAAGCAGAGGAGCUUGCAGGAAGGGACCAUCCCAACACAGUAUGUGAAUGCACACUUAGACACCACACAGCACUGGUACGUGACUAAUGGAGCCCUAGAAGAUUCUGUGUAGAGAAGAUGGGGGAAAAUGUGCAGGUUUGCAAGGCCUGUUGACUGGGGCUGCUUUUAACCCUUUCAUAUUUGCAGAGAAUGCAACCGUGUGACAGUAACUGAACAUUGGUCCAAAGUCUUUCCAAAAGGUCAAGGUUCACAAGAACAUCUGAUCAAAUUCAUGACCAUGGGGGAUAUGAAGACCCCAGACUUUGAUGACCUCCUGGCAGCAUUUGACAUCCCAGAUAUGGUCGAUCCCAAAGCAGCUAUUGAGUCUGGACACGACGACCAGGAAAGCCACAUCAAGCAGAACGCCCACGUGGAUGACGACUCCCACACGCCGUCCUCCUCCGACGUCGGCGUCAGUGUUAUCGUGAAGAAUGUUCGCAACAUCGACUCCUCCGAGGGCUCAGAGAAGGACGGCCACAAUCCCACCGGCAACGGCCUGCACAACGGGUUUCUCUCGGCGUCCUCUCUUGACACUUACGGUAAAGAUGGAUCGAAGUCCUUGAAAGGAGACGUGCCUACCUCAGAGGUGACUUUAAAAGACUCCGCUUUCAGCCAGUUCAGCCCCAUCUCCAGUGCUGAAGAGUUUGAUGACGAUGAGAAGAUAGAGGUGGACGACCCCCCGGACAAAGAGGACAUGCGCUCCGGUUUCAGAUCGAACGUGUUGACAGGGUCGGUUCCCCAGCAGGACUAUGAGAAACUGAAGGCCCUCGGGGGAGAAGGCUUAAGCAAAACUGGCAUCUCGACGCCAGGCAACCUAGAUAAAAACAAAGUUGUUAAGAGAGAAACGGAAGCAAAUUCUAUAAAUCUGAGUGUUUAUGAACCUUUCAAAGUCAGAAAAAUGGAGGAUAAACUGAAGGAAAACUCUGAAAAGGUGCUUGAAAACAGGGUCCACGAGGGGAAGCUGACCUCGGAGAAGAAUGACGCCUCCCUCGGCGGUGUGGUGCCCUCGAGGACCAAGCCAUCCUCCAAGCUUUCUUCCUGCAUCGCUGCAAUCGCGGCUCUUAGUGCUAAAAAGGCCGCUUCCGACUCCUCUAAAGAACCAGUGACCAACUCCCGGGAGUCCUCUCCGUUACCAAAAGAAGUAAACGAUAGCCCUAGAGCCAUUGAAAAGUCUCCGGAAUCCCAGAGUCUCAUCGAUGGGACAAAAAAAGCAUCCCUCAAGCAGCCGGAUAGUCCCAGGAGCAUUUCCAGUGAGAACAGUAGCAAGGGAUCGCCAUCCUCUCCUGCAGGGUCAACACCAGCAAUUCCCAAAGUCCGCAUAAAAACCAUCAAGACGUCUUCUGGGGAAAUCAAGAGAACAGUGACGAGGGUGUUGCCUGAAGUCGAUCUCGAUGCGGGAAAAAAGCCUUCUGAGCAGACGGGGUCCAUGGUGGCGUCCGUGACGUCGCUGCUGUCGUCUCCGACCUCGGCCGCCGUCCUUUCCUCCCCGCCCAGGGCGCCUCUGCAAUCGGCGGUCGUUACCAACGCGGUGGCCCCCGCCGAGCUGACCCCCAAACAGGUCACCAUCAAGCCUGUGGCGACUGCCUUCCUCCCGGUGUCGGCCGUGAAGACGGCCGGGUCGCAAGUCAUUAAUUUGAAGCUCGCCAACAACACUACGGUCAAAGCCACGGUCAUAUCUGCUGCUUCCGUGCAGAGCGCCAGCAGUGCCAUCAUUAAAGCCGCCAACGCCAUCCAGCAGCAAACCGUCGUGGUGCCGGCCUCCAGCUUGGCCAACGCCAAACUCGUGCCAAAGACUGUGCACCUUGCCAACCUUAACCUUCUGCCUCAGGGCGCCCAGGCCACCUCCGAGCUCCGCCAGGUGCUCACCAAACCUCAGCAGCAAAUAAAGCAGGCAAUAAUCAAUGCCACGGCCUCACAGCCACCCAAGAAGGUGUCGCGGGUCCAGGUGGUGUCCUCCCUGCAGAGUUCUGUGGUGGAAGCUUUCAACAAGGUGCUGAGCAGCGUCAACCCAGUCCCAGUUUACAUCCCCAACCUUAGUCCUCCUGCGAACGCGGGCAUCACGUUGCCGACCCGCGGCUACAAGUGCUUGGAGUGUGGGGACUCUUUCGCCCUCGAGAAGAGCCUGACCCAACACUACGACAGGCGCAGCGUGCGCAUCGAAGUAACGUGCAACCACUGCACCAAGAACCUCGUUUUUUACAACAAGUGCAGUCUCCUGUCCCAUGCCCGCGGGCACAAGGAGAAGGGAGUGGUGAUGCAGUGUUCACACUUGAUCUUGAAGCCAGUCCCAGCAGAUCAGAUGAUUGUUUCUCCAUCAAGCAAUACUCCUGCUUCAUCUUCCGCCCUCCCGAGCUCCUCGGGAGCCGGCACACACACUGUAACAAAAAUUCAGUCUGGCAUAACCGGGACAGUCAUAUCAGCUCCUUCCAGCACACCCAUCAUUCCAGCUAUGCCUCUGGAUGAAGACCCAUCCAAGCUGUGUAGGCAUAGUCUGAAAUGUUUGGAGUGUAAUGAAGUUUUCCAGGAUGAGACGUCGCUGGCCACUCAUUUCCAGCAGGCUGCAGAUACAAGUGGACAAAAGACUUGCACUGUCUGCCAGAUGCUGCUUCCUAACCAGUGCAGUUACGCAUCUCAUCAGAGAAUCCACCAGCACAAAUCUCCCUACACCUGCCCCGAGUGCGGGGCCAUCUGCAGGUCGGUGCACUUCCAGACCCACGUCACCAAGAACUGUCUGCACUACACGCGGAGAGUUGGUUUUCGAUGUGUGCAUUGCAAUGUUGUGUACUCUGAUGUGGCCGCACUGAAGUCUCACAUUCAAGGUUCUCACUGUGAAGUCUUCUACAAGUGUCCUAUUUGUCCAAUGGCGUUUAAGUCUGCCCCAAGUACACAUUCUCAUGCCUACACGCAGCAUCCCGGCAUCAAGAUAGGAGAGCCAAAAAUAAUAUAUAAGUGUUCCAUGUGUGACACUGUAUUUACCCUGCAAACCCUGCUGUAUCGCCACUUUGACCAACACAUCGAAAACCAGAAGGUGUCUGUUUUCAAGUGUCCCGACUGUUCUCUCUUAUAUGCACAGAAGCAACUCAUGAUGGACCAUAUCAAGUCUAUGCAUGGAACAUUGAAAAGUAUUGAAGGGCCUCCAAACUUGGGUAUAAACUUGCCUUUGAGCAUUAAGCCUACAACUCAAAAUUCAGCAAAUCAAAACAAAGAGGACACCAGAUCCGUGAACGGGAAAGAGAAAUUGGAAAAGAAAUCCCCAUCACCCGUGAAAAAAUCUUUGGAACCCAAGAAAGUGGCCAGUCCUGGGUGGACGUGUUGGGAGUGUGACCGGUUAUUCACGCAAAGAGAUGUUUACAUUUCCCACGUGAGAAAGGAGCAUGGGAAGCAAAUGAAGAAGCACCCCUGCCGCCAGUGUGACAAGUCUUUCAGCUCAUCCCACAGCCUGUGCCGUCACAACCGGAUCAAGCACAAAGGCAUCAGGAAAGUUUAUACCUGCUCGCACUGCCCAGACUCCAGGCGUACCUUCACGAAACGGUUAAUGCUGGAGAAACAUAUCCAACUCAUGCACGGAAUUAAGGAUCCUGACUUGAAAGAAAUGACAGAAGCCACCAAUGAGGAGGAAGCAGAAAUAAAAGAAGAUACCAAGGUUCCCAGUCCCAAGCGGAAGUUGGAAGAACCCGUUUUAGAGUUCAGACCUCCCCGAGGGGCCAUCACGCAGCCCCUGAAGAAGCUGAAGAUCAACGUGUUCAAGGUGCACAAGUGCGCCGUGUGCGGCUUCACCACGGAGAACCUGCUGCAGUUCCACGAGCACAUCCCGCAGCACAAGUCGGACGGCUCGUCCCACCAAUGCCGUGAGUGCGGCCUCUGCUACACGUCGCACGUCUCCCUGUCCCGGCACCUCUUCAUCGUCCACAAACUGAAGGAGCCGCAGCCGGCGGCCAAGCAGAACGGGGCCGGUGAGGAGAGCCAGCAGGAGAACAAGCCCGGCCCAGAGGACGCGCCGGCCGACGGCCCCGUGUCGGACAGAACGUGCAAAGUGUGUGCAAAGACGUUCGAGACGGAAGCUGCCUUAAACGCCCACAUGCGGACCCACGGCAUGGCCUUCAUCAAAUCCAAAAGAGUGAGCUCGGCGGAGAAAUAGCUGCGCACCCUUCUCGCGGAGAGUCCCGGUCCGCGUUGGAAGCAAAAAGACAGUUUUCUUACAAGAAGUUGGCAGUUAUCAUAGAGUUAACAGUACUGUCUAGGCUGUUGCAAUAUAUCCUCCUUCCACUCCCUUCUCCGCCUCCUCUUGUAUAUCCUCCUCGAUUAAGUAUUAAAACAGUAUUUGAGUUGAAAAGAGUUUGUAUAUAUUUAAAUGAAUAACUUUUUAUACUCUUUGUUACAUGUUUAUAUCAGUAUUUAGUGGAAAAUGUUUUGAAGUUUUUUUUUUUGUUUCGUUCUUGGUUUUUUUGUUUUGGUUUUUGUUUUUUAAUUUGGGUUAGAAUUUUUCUUUUUGUACUGUUUCUUUAAAACAGAGUUCUUAGUAACAGGGGCAGUUCCUGAAUUCAAAUAAACCAUUUUGUAUGUCACAGAUUUGAAUGGGUUAACUAAUUACAGGCUACGAUAAUGCCUUUUUUAGUGUUUUUAAUUUUUAGAAUUCACUACAUAAAUCGUAGGUGAUUGUAGGUCUCAAAAACACUAGGGACUUUUAAGUGUCUUAGCACUAUCCUCAACGUGCCUGCUCCGCCAGGACCGCGGCCCGGCGUGUGGCGUCUUCUCCAGGCCAAACUGUGUCGAAAGCAGCCUUGCAGGUCGCUUCUUUCCCAGUGGGGGGAUGAAAACUUGGGCCAGAAAUCCAGUAAGGAACGUGGAUUAAUUCCGUCUCAGAAUGGGGAAGAAGGGGUAUCCUAAAGGGAAAAAACGGGGGUGCGGGGUGGCUGGGGGCAGCGGUGGCUUUCUGGGCCGAUUUGCAAGGCUGACUUCUAAAGAGCACAAGGAGAUAUAGCAGCGAAAGGGCUGGACUACUGUAAAAGUUACAAAUACGUAGUUAGACCAAUAGAUUUAUAUAGUCACGCUUUUGUCAUGUAAUUUAUUAACUAUUGCAAAGACACAACUAAAAAUAUCAAGUAUUUCUCUGGCUCUUGACAGGAAAAAAAAAAAAAAAUCACAGUUGACUUAACCCUUUGCUGUCUAAAGAGUUGGCGUUUCCUGUUCAGGGUGCUACUGCCAAACGUCCUGGUACUUAGACUUGGGAUGCACAACUUCCACCUUAUUGAUGCAGCAGCCGGCGUGUCGCAGUUGGCCGUUCGAGUCAGCACUGAGCCACAUGGGUUUAGUUCAGCCAUUUCAAUAAGUAUCUUUAACAUCGGUAGUUCCGCUUUCUUAGUGCAGCCGAGGUACUCUUCUGUCCCUUCCAAACGUUUAUAGUUCUCUGGGAGAGUUAUACUUUUUGGUUUUGUGUUUUGUGUUUUCUUUUGCAUUUUAUAUCUUGUAUUUAUCCCUAAACAUGUUUUGUACUUUUUUUUUUUUAAGAGAAGAAAUUCUUUUGUGUAUAUAUAGAUAUACUUGCAUGAUAUACUGUAGUCAACGUUCGGUUCCUCAAAAGGUCUUGCUGCUGUCAGGUGUCAUGCACUAACCAUAUCCAUCCUAACUGUAUUAAACACAUUUCAUAUGUAAAUAAACGUGGGACAUUUGGCCCUUGUGCUUCCGUGAGAGAGUUAUUGAUGGUGGGUCGCUGACAUCUUCAUGAAGUUUAGGGAGUGAUUCAUUGCAGGGAUGGCCUACGGGAUAUUGCAGAAUUCUCCCUGCUCAGAAGAGCGGCAUUUUCAUUCUCGUUAGCAAUCAGCUGUUUUGUCACUUUCAUGUUGACUCCAUCAGUACAUCGGUAUAACCCGAGGGUGUGAUUAAGUACGCCUCAACUUGAAAUUCAAUUGCUGUUACUCGUUGUAUUUAUACUUGUAUUGCUCUUAAGUUGUAUUCAUAGCACUUUUCAUAUGUUUCUGCAUUUGAACCUUGCAAUAAACCUGUGCGGUGGGCUGCACAGGUCUAAUAGCCUAGUUUUACAGUCGAGGAAGCUGAACUCAUUAAGUUCUUGGCCUAAGCCCUCGGAGCUGGUAAGUGGCUUUGCGUAUUAGAACCCAGAUGUUCUUGCUCUAAAUCUAGUGCUCGCUCUAUGUGUUUAUGUACAUAUUCACAAAUACUCCUUUAUUCAACAAAUAAAAAGUAUGUGCAAAACACAAUAUUAGAAA